AUGAACUCCCACGACCCGGCCGAGAGCUUGGAAGCGACCAACUCGUCUUCGUCUGCACCAGCCCCGGCAUCUACUCCCGUUCCUGCUCCCUCUUCGAAUACAAGCGCUGCUCGGAGCGAGUCUGUCGAGCGAUCCUACGGCCACCACCGCCAGACCUCCAUAGUCCACGGCUUCCAGCACUCGCGCAACCCAAGCCAUGUCUCGUCUACCGCUGCCAGUCCCAUAAGUCCCGGCAUCAUCCUCGCACAAGCACCAAAGGAUGGCCCGCCUCUGCGCCAGAGCCCUUCGUCCUCGACUUUGAACGCGCCCGCCGACCAGGUCCCCCUACGUCGUCUCGAGCGCAUGCAUAGCGGUCGCAUCAAGCGUGAGCACGAACCUCAUCUGCAUCACCACCACCACAAUCACCGCCAUCACCGCUCACGGUCGCGUCAACACCAUCAGCAAGAACCCACCACCGUCGGGGAAUAUGCCCUUCACCACCUGUUGAACGAGUUCAUCAGCGAAGCCAACGAGAAGAUCAACCGCUGUGUCUCGGAGCGUGACGAUGCUUUGAUCAGAGUUGAAGCUGUCUGUGGUCCUGGCGCCGACCAUGCCUUUGAUCAGCUGAUCAAGGCUCUCGGCCACAUCGUGCGCCCUCGUCCGAAGCCUCUGAUAGAUGCCCUCAUGAUCUGGCGCAAGUCAAAAAGCGACGAGCUUAGCCCAAUUCAUACUCAGUUGCAAGCUGCCCGUGCCCAAGCGACCAACAAUUCGUCUACUGCUCGUCGUACCGACUUGUCUCAGAUCAGUACAAACAGCAGUUCUGCCUCGCUACCUUCCCAUGCCGAUCCCGCCACCAUUGCUACUCUGGAACAAAACCUGCGUCAAGGCGAGCGGCGCUCGGCAAUCUCGGUCUACAUCCUCUGUCGUGUACUCAUGCAAGUAAUCUCCCAGUGUACACUGGCCGCCUUGACCAACGACAUUGCCGAGAGACUUGAGGAUGUCAUCUAUGGUCAGUUACGUAACUUUGACUCCGAGGCCCUAGCAUAUUCAGCCCUGAAACAAUCACAAUGGAACAUGUUCGGCCAGUUGUUGGGGGUCAUGGGCAACCUACGCUUUGACAAAGUUGCUGACCGCUAUGUUUCGGAUCUGGAGGUUGCUCAGAGACGCUUGUCAGUCAAAGGUAAUGCUGAUAGAGAUCUCGAGAACCGCACCGCUUUGCUUGUGCAUAGCAUGCGUUGGCUCAAGGUCCAGACGCAACCCCAAGCCGCAUGGGAUAAGUCUUGCGACCUGCUCAAUCUCCUAGCAGGGUUCUUUGCCGGUGUACAUGGCAAGCCGGUCAAGUAUGCAUAUUGCCAGCUCUUCGAGGAUCUGCUGCUGCCAGUCGCAAGCAGCGCGACCACCGAACUCAAUUCUCCAAAAUGGAGGCAGAUUUUGGAUAUCCUCAGAGUCAAACUGAACCAGCUUCUCGCAAAGCCUAAGCACUGGCCUCAGGCAUUCCCAAUCCUCGCUGUGACUAUUUGCGUGUCGCCCGCCGACGUUUUCCAGCAACAGUGGCUUACCACCACCCUCCAUCAGCUCCAGCCAAAGCUGAAGGAACGUACUACCAGGGGCCAUGCACUUAAAGCGUUGUGUCGCCUUGUUUGGGUAUACCUCUACAGAGCUCCCGAAACCCAGCUCGCUACUUUCAAAAAGCUCGAUGAUGUAAUUCGAAUGGUUUUCAUGACGGGCAGGAGGUCACUACUCUCGACCGAGCCGUCUAUUGCCGAUCCCCUAAUACAAUUGAUCCGCAUUAUCGGAUUCAAGCACCAAGAUCUCUGCUUUAGAUCCAUCAUUUUUCCAUUGAUGAAUGCAGAUGUUAUAAUUACUGGUAGAGACCGCCGGAUUGAGAAUCUUGACCCCGAGAAGAUGGUCAUCGCGAUUCGGGCAUUCCUUGCUAUCAUGUCGGAUCUCGAGAAGGGUGAGCGGCCUCCGUUCCCCGUUAGCUUUGAGUGCGAUACCCUCACGGAUCCUUUCUCGAGAUCGCCCAAUUCUCACAGGCGCUCGCUGUCUCAGAACCAAGCCCCCGUGAAUGGGGCCAAAGUCGAACGAUUGUCCAAGCCUGUCAUGACAGCUGGCUUUGGCGACGUCGCAAAGGAGUCAUAUGUCAAGUUCUGUAAAAUACUGGGUGAAAUUACCAUCAUCUGUGACGAGACCUUUGGUGGACAAAAGGUUCUGGAUGAGAAAUUCUCUGCUCAAUCUAUACCCAAGACGCCGAUGGCAGAUGCUUUCAGUUUCAGUCGAAGAGACGAGCUUUUCAAUUCACCCGAGGUUCGACAGAACUUCUACGAUCUCCUUCACGUUGCAGUGCAAGCACUUCCUCGGUGCUUGUCUCCUCAGAUUCCCCUGAAAAACCUCAUCAAUCUGCUAUGUACAGGAACUGCUCACGUACAAAACCACAUUGCCUCGUCAUCCGCACAAUCUCUCAAAUCCAUCGCACGACAGUCUCAUGCUCAACUGGUUACGAUUGGGUUUGCCCGUUUCAUAUUCAACUUCGAUGACCGGUACGCCACCGUUUCUGCUGGUAGUCUUCUAGGCCACGGUCAUAUCGAGAGUACUCUACGCCUCUAUGUUGAGUUGCUAGAAAUAUGGAUCGAGGAACUCAGGUCUCAGCCUCAAAUGGCAACACCAGAUCUUCAAGACGAUGAAUUCGCUCGCGGCAUGCCCUCUGACUUGAAUAGGUCAAGAGUGUUUGCUCAUGUUGACGAGAUCGAAUCGCACGGUCUGUUCUUCCUGUGCUCGCCGUCUCGUCAUGUUAGAGCAUAUGCCGUCAGAGUCCUUAGCCUGGUGACCAAGUUCGACACCGCUCUAGGUCAGCCCUCCACACGCAUCAUCAGUGUUCUAGAAGGGAGUUCACAACAAGUGAUUGACGUGAAUGAUGAAAAGCUUUCGCUAGCUGAACGCAGUCGUUUGCAGAAGGGGCUGAGGAAGAGCAACAUGAACAAUACUCUUGUGGAACUCUGUAGUAGUGAGACUGUCCACGACUUGGCUCUUUGGUCAAAAGCUUUUCCUAACCUGAUACGUCUGAGCUCACAAAUAUGUCCUCAAGCUGUACUCCUAACAAGAGACAUCGUCUGUGCUCGCCUCUCACAUGCCCAUAGAAUCAUCAGUACAUUAGCUGAAGGUCCCCGAGUCAACACAUACGCAGCUCUGGAAACCGCUUUCUCGCAACGCAUGGUUGGAAGAACUGCCUUUAGCCCCCCUGAAAUUACGAUCGAGCAAUGGAAGCUACAUCUGAUCUUUGCAUGCACAACCCUCACCAACACUGGUGGCUCACAACAGCCUGCUGCCCCAAGAGAGAGUUCUCAACACUCGCGCAAAGGUUCUAAGGCUUCUUCCAUCAGCCAAGAGAAGAUAGGGUCCGCAUACGAGCUUUUUGCAAAGGUCGUUCCUUUUUUGUCUGCCAUACACCCAGGCGUUCGAGAGGCAGCUGUCCAUGGGCUGGGCGCGAUCAACGCGAAUCUCUUCAGACCUUUGCUCGAAGCCCUUCAACCAUCAGUCUCCGUCUGCAGCGAAGAUGCUAAACAAUGGCUUACGAUCCACCAACGGUCGGUGAAUAGUCCUCGGCGAAGUAGACGGAGUGACUCUCUGCGUACCGAGCUCACUCACCUAUAUCAGCUAACGUCUCAUUGCCUGUUCGAAGCUGAGAUAUACAACGAGGAAUGGAUACUGCAAAAUCUCGUCAGUUUCACCAAAGACCUUCGAAUCUUUCUCAACGACGAAGAUGUACAAAACCAGUGGGACUUCCAGAAGUUACGUACUUAUUACUGUGGGCUCGUCGAGGUGUUGUAUGAAGGCAUUCAUAAGACCAAGGAUCCUAUACGUUGGAUGCCGUUCCACGCACGAAAAGCCGCCUUUUCAAUGAUGGAGGACUGGUGUGGUUUCUCACCUAACCAGACGCAAAUAAGACAGAAAGAGAAUCACAUGAGAAAGUCUAUACUGGAUCAAGAGCAAGAUUCUCGCAAUCGUGGAAACGUUACAGCGAAGCUCGAGAUCGAAAAGAAAGACCUGCGAACAGCAGCUCUCAGCGCCAUGGCAUCCCUCUGUGCGGGCCCGGUCAUGGUCUCUACUGACGGACAGAUCACCAUGCAAUUCGAUGUUCGCCGUAUGCUCAAAUGGGUAGAUGCCAUUUUCGAUUCAGCCAGUGAUAGAACACAUGCAACGGGCCGUCGGGCGUUGAAAAACCUGCUGCUUCACAACAGCGAGCACAGUUUUCUGCUGUCUCACUCGAUCGAAGAGUGCUAUCACGCCAAGAAUCCAAAGGCGCUUUUCAGCUACUUCACUGUUGCUACUCAAGUACUGACAGACGCGGUCGAUGAUAAGAUACCCUUUUGGAAGAUCUUGAGCGCCGCUUUGUACACUCUCGGCAACGAGAACAGUGAAAUCCGCAUGAAGUCUGCUCGCUUGCUGAGGACGCUCGAGGAACGUUUGGGCAAGAAUUCCAAGCUACAGGAUCUAGAUAUCAGUAUUUCGGACAAGACAACUGCGGUAUACAAGCUGGCCCAGUUCGAGAUCUCUCGCAGACUUGCCAAGCAGCAUGCAGACAUGGCAUUCCACGUCUUCUCGGAGUUCACGAGGUACUUUGGAGGCCUCGUACCGGAUCACCAACGCAACAUGGUCGCUGCUAUGCUACCUUGGAUUCAGACUGUCGAGCUUCAGUUGCUCCCGAGUGGGGGACCUACAGCGAGUUCGUAUAUGCUGAUGGUCAAUCUCUUUGAGAUCACGGCGCGCAGUAGUAGCGUCUUGCACAACGAGAUACAAGCUCUCUGGCAAGCCCUAGCCACUGGGCCAUACGGAGGCAACGUGCAGGUGGUUCUAGACUUCAUCAUCGCAAUAUGCCUGGACCGUAGGGAGCAGAACUUUGUCGACUAUGCCAAACAAAUCGUGGUUUUCCUUUCUACUACUGCCGCUGGCUUGAAGGUCAUCGAAUUCCUCCUGCUACAGAUCACACCCAAAGCGAUGAUUGCUGAAAAGCGGCCGCCACCGCCGAUACCUCAAGACUCGACAAACCUACCAUAUAUUGCGGACCUUGCGCAAGUAUUGCCGAUUGGCAAUCGACAAUCUGGACUGUCUCUUGGCCAGUUAGCGUUGAUGCUGCUUGUCGACCUCGUGGUUUCUCCUGUGCAGCUGCCCAAGAACAAGAUUCCCCUUCUGCUCCAAGUUGUGGUUGUCCAGUGGGAUCACUACACACCAUUAGUACAAGAUCAGGCGAGGGAGAUGCUGGUACAUAUGAUACACGAGCUUGUCAUCUCGCAGAUUGGCCCUGAGCACACAGGUCCGAGCAAGCAAGGCAUAGAAGAUCUGAUUGAGUCAAUCAGACAACACGAUCCCAAGGUUGAGUGGUCCUACGAGGAAACCGAUAACAAAGGCCCCAAUAGCAACUCGAAUGGUGUGCCUGAGCCUAUGGUCUUCAUCAUCGAAGAGGUAGUCAGAGUACUGAGCUUUUCGUACGACAAUGAAAGAACUGGCGACAACAUACGCAGGGACUGGGCUAGGAUGAGCCUUGUCUGGGCGACAACUUGUGCAGUGCGUCACGUAGCAUGUCGCUCGUUCCAAAUUUUCCGCUGUAUCAUCGAUUCGCUCGAUAGACAGAUGAUGGCAGACAUGCUCGCUCGUCUGACAAAUACUAUCGCCGAUGACGAGAACGAUUGUCUAACCUUUUCCCAGGAAAUCCUCAUCACGCUCAGGUGUAUCAUCAGCGCUCUUGAGCCUGAAGACUUGAUCAAGUAUCCACAACUGUUCUGGACUACAAGCGCCUGUCUAGACACUAUCUUCGAGCAGGAGUUUCAGGCAAGUCUUUCGAUGCUGGACCGACUCUUAGACAAACUCGACCUCAGUGAUCCUGCUGUGAUUAAACUUUUCAACGAGAACAAACCUGCAAAAUGGGAAGGUGACUUCGAAGGCCUUCAACCAUUGGUUUUCAAAGGGCUGAGAUCGAAUGUCUGUCUCGAUCGAUCGCUAGAAAUGCUCGAGAGAAUGAUCAAGCUGCCUUCCAGCAGUCUCAUUGGCGGCGACACUCGCCUACUCUUUACACUUCUCGCCAACCUACCUCGUUAUCUCCACUGUUAUGAAGAUGACAGCAACAAUCAAACGUGCUUUGAGUCCGCAGACUCGCUUGCUGGUGUAGCAGAAGCUCAGCAACUGCCUGACCUGGCUCACGCGCUGGACGGCUUCGCAAGACAACGAUAUCGCAAUGCAAACGACUUUUUGACACAAGUCGUCGCUGCGGCAAGAGCAGUUUGGUUCCCAGCUAUGGAAUACCAGAGCUUGAUCUUCCUCAUCGGUCUGCUCAACAACCAGACUCCGUGGUUUAGGGUCACUGUCAUGCAGCUAUUGUGUGUUCUCAUCCCUCAGAUCGACAUGAGAAGGGCAGAGAUCGUCUCACAAGGGCCAGAUCUGAUCUCACCUCUUUUGCGGUUGUUGCAAACCAGCUACUGCCAACAGGCUCUUGACGUGCUCGACAACAUCAUGUCUGUCACAGGCACGCCUCUUGACAACAAGCAUCUUCGCAUGAGCAUGGCAGGAUCACAUUCGACACGCGCGACACGCAAGGAGUAUGACAGCACCAAGAGUCUGUACGGUAUACCCGAAGAGUCCGGCUGGUCGAUACCGAUGCCAGCCAUUCAGGCCGAGAGGGCGAGGAAGAACGUCAUGGCUGUCUACUACACUUGUCUGGAUGCAGAUGGUACAGAGAUUACCAGCACACCUGACGUCGCAUUCGCCGACGAGCAGCAUCACGGGUCAUACUUCGAUCCCCGUGCCACAGCAAUGUCGGAUUCGAUACGUGCUGAUGGCAGUAUGAGCGAGUUGGUCCUCAAGCUUGACAGUUUGGACGAUUUCUUUGACGACCGAAAGACGACCACGACCAGAGAGAUGUCUCGGGGAUCGAUCGAAGAUCGCGAAAACAUUUACGAACAGCAGACUCUUCCCAUCCUGCACAAGUCACUCAAGCGCAACGCCUCUGUGACUUCGUUCCAGAACGGUUUCUCGGACACGAGGUUCGGUUUGGCUCGUGAACCGCUCGUCAUGAAUCCUGGUGCCUUCGCUUCCAACCCUGCCGUUGUUGCUACCAGGCCUGCCCUGCACGCGAGGUCGGUGACCUCACCUAUGGCCGCCAUACACCACAUGCCCCGUGUGAUCACGGAUUUGCAAUACGAAGAGGAUACUGCUGACGAACCCUUCUCGGACGACGACCUCUCGAUAUCGCGUAUGACAACGUCUGAUGAUGCCUUGUCAGUCCACAGCAGUAAUUCGCGGGCUCCCUCUGCAGCGGGGCUGCGAGCUGGAUUCCGAUCGGGGAUGAGAAGGCUAACAGGAGGAACCACCGAUCGUAGAGACAUCAAGGGCCUGGUGAAGCUCAGUCCGCAGGUGCCGCGGGUUCCGACAGUUUGGCUGAGCAACCCGAAGAGUUCAGAGCUUUAG